AUAUGUAUAUAUAUGCUUAUAUCAAUACAUAUUCAAAGAAAAUUAGCUAGUAAAACACUUAUCGUGUAUUGAAAUAAUUGAUGAUAAAAAUAAUUUUAAAUGAUUGACUUAGUAAACAUUUGUUAUUAUGUCGAAAUGUGAUACGGUAAUAUGAAAUAUUUAUAUGUUAAUUUUUCAAUGUAAUAGGUGCGUGAAUUAUAAUUUUGUGAUAGAGGUUAUCUUCCACGUGGAAAUAUUGUUAAUUGCUGCAAUUUUUAAACGAAUGUAUUCUGCGAUUUUAAAUACAAAAUGUCUCACGAAAAACCUUGUCGUGCAUGCAUGGAUUUUAAAUCGUGGGCAAAGAGUCAAAAGAAGGCUUUCGAUUCCGAAAAGGAAACUGAGAAAAUAGAGAAGAAAGAUCCACCUGUAAAUAAAGUUAAACGUGAUGAUUGUCCAUUAGAUAAAGAUGAAUUAGGUUCAAGAACAUGGUCAUUUUUACAUACCAUGGCAGCAUAUUACCCUGAUAAUCCAACUGAUGAACAAAAGUUGGAUAUGUCAAAGUUCUUUCACACAUUUUCCAAGUUUUAUCCUUGUUAUGUAUGUGCAGAAGAUUUACAAGAGCAAUUAAAAAAAACUCCACCACAAACCAAUUCACAGUCACAAUUGAGUCAAUGGCUUUGUAUGAUACAUAACGAAGUAAAUAAAAAACUUGGAAAACCUGAAUUUGACUGUAAAUUAGUUGAUCAAAGGUGGAGAGAUGGCUGGCUUGAUGGUUCAUGUGACUGAUGAUUAUUAGUUAUGAUUGUAAAUUUUGUAAUGAAACCUAUAUGUGAUAUAAAAAGCACCAUGUAAGUUUAUUGUAAAUAUUUGUAGGAAUGCUAUAAUAGUUAAAAAUAUUAUCACAUAUAAAUUAACCGUUUGAGUUCCAGGGAUCUUUGGAAAAACAGGGUCGAAAAAUCCCGAAUGGUGCAAUAGCGCUCGUCAUAUUUGUUAGUUUUAUGAAAUACAUCUUUACUAUUAUAAAUGCGUACUAUUAGUUUAUAAAUAUAUCAAGUUUUUUUCAAUAAAUAUUAUUGAGAAGAUAAGAAUGAAAUACAAAGUACGAGGCAAAAUCUAAACAGCGCGAUCACGCUGCUUGGGACUCAAACGGUUAAUAUUUAUCUUUGUUAACCAAUUGUUAAACAUAAUAUCCUUUCUUAAAUAUGAACAUUAAAAAAAAAAAAAAAAAAAGAGAGAAGUAGUAAAAGACUCAGCAUACAA